GAUGCCCCCGCGCCCAGGACGCCUCCUCCCGCCGCUGGCCGGGCUGCCGGCCCUGGCCGCGCUCCUUCUGCUGCUAGGCUCGCGUAAGGGCGCCCGGGCCCAGGAACUGGCGGCGGACGGCGAAGCCGAGCAGGACCCGCACGCCAAGCACCUGUACACGGCCGACAUGUUCACGCACGGGAUCCAGAGCACCGCGCACUUCGUCAUGUUCUUCGCGCCCUGGUGUGGACACUGCCAGCGACUGCAGCCAACUUGGAAUGACCUGGGAGACAAGUACAACAGCAUGGAGGAUGCCAAGGUCUACGUGGCUAAAGUGGACUGCACGGCCAGCUCUGACGUGUGCUCCGCCCAGGGUGUGCGAGGAUACCCCACCCUGAAGUUUUUCAAGCCUGGCCAAGAAGCGGUGAAGUACCAGGGUCCUAGAGACUUCGAAACACUAGAAAACUGGAUGCUGCAGACGCUGAAUGAAGAGCCACCUACACCAGAGCCUGAAGCGGAACCUCCCAAAGCCCCUGAACUGAAGCAGGGGUUGUAUGAACUCUCGGCCAACAACUUUGCGCUGCAUGUUUCUCAAGGUGACCACUUUAUCAAGUUCUUCGCUCCGUGGUGUGGUCACUGCAAAGCUCUGGCUCCAACCUGGGAGCAGCUGGCUCUGGGCCUUGAACAUUCCGAAACUGUCAAGAUUGGCAAGGUUGACUGCACACAGCACUAUGGGCUCUGCUCAGAAAACCAGGUUCGAGGCUAUCCCACUCUGCUGUGGUUCCGAGAUGGCAAGAAGGUGGACCAGUACAAGGGGAAGCGGGACUUGGAGUCACUGAGAGACUAUGUGGAGUCACAACUGCAGGGUCCAGAGGUGGCCCCAGAGACCAUCGAGCCCUCAGAGGCCCCAGAGCUGGCUGCUGAACCCACAGCUGACAAGGGCACUGUGCUGGCACUCACCGAAAAGAACUUUGAAGACACCAUUGCACAGGGGAUAACCUUCAUCAAGUUCUAUGCUCCUUGGUGUGGGCACUGUAAGAAUCUGGCUCCUACCUGGGAGGAGCUCUCUAAAAAGGAAUUCCCUGGCUUGGCAGAUGUUACCAUUGCAGAAGUGGACUGCACUGCUGAACGGAAUAUCUGCAGCAAGUACUCGGUACGAGGCUAUCCCACAUUGCUGCUUUUCCGAGGAGGUGAAAAAGUGGGUGAGCACAACGGAGGUAGAGACCUUGAUUCUUUACACAGCUUUGUCCUGCGCCAGGCAAAGGAUGAACUCUAGAAACCCCCGGAAGUCGUGCAUCCUGGCUUCCUCACCUUGUGCAGAGGAGUGACAGCCGACAGACACCCGCGUUCCUGCUGGGGUUAGUCAGAAAGCUGCGUGUACUAAGCCUGUGUAGCGUCCCCAUGUGUGCUGCUUCAGCCACCACACACUACGGACCUUGGUUGUGUUUCUCUAAUCAUAGCUCAUGGUCCCCGGGCAAAUAUUUUCAGUGGCAAUCCGUCCUGUAACCUUCUCUUGACAAAAUUAAAUUGGCUUCCCUUGCAACAAAAAUAUAGUUAAGGAAAACCAAAUUGCUGACCCCUGUUGGCUCCUGAGGGAUGUGGCAGAAAUGCAUCAUCCAAAGCAGGUUUUUGAACUGCCUGAAUUCUGGAAAGGUGGCCUGUGGCACAUUGAUGUCCCUCUGAUCUGAAGGUCACAGUUGACUUUAUAAUAUGGUGGUCCAUAGUUUGUGGAGAUUUUAAAACAAAACAAAAAUCCACAGAAUUUUAGAAAUACCUUCAAAGCUAAGGUUGGGCUCCUGGCUGUCAGUACUUCUCUCAUUGAGAGAGGUAAGCCACGGCAGCCAUGUGAAUGGCACUUUGAUGUAGGUUCAAAGGAUCCUCUUGUCUGCUUGGCAUAGGUGGAAGGUGUAGCUAUCUUCUGCAGGAAGUGAGGGUGUGGGAGGGGCCACACAGUGGUCACCACCAUUCUAUUUGCCUCCUAGGGCAAAAGCACCCGAUGGGCUUUUCAGGCCCAGGGAGAUGCUGCAGCUUCUGUCUGGCCUUUCUAGCUACAGCUCUGAUCCUCUUCCCAAGCACUCCUCUCAGCAGCUUGCUCUCUGAUGUCCACCUUCACGGAGGCUGACCUUGUACUGUAUGAGCAGGAGGAUCCAUCUGACCUCCAGACCAAAGACUGCCCAAGGCUGGAUAUCACACUAGCUCCUUCUCAUUCUUGUCGUCCUGGAUGGUAGACAUUGCCGCUCUCACCUGUACAGAGAUGCAGCUAAGGCUCGUGGCGAGCCUCUGUCUUUCGCAUUGAGUUGCUUGUCCUCAGGAGCACUUUGUGCCCAGACCCUGCACCCACCUUCCGUGAGCAGGUGAACUCAGCACCUAGCACAGAAUGAAUUGUAAGGGGACUAGAAACAAGACCACAUCUACUUCCUCAUCAGCAACGGCACCCUGCCGGCCCCUUCCAGACAUUUAUUAUUAAUCAUGUGUGGUUCACAGCUGUCCUUGAGGCCCAGCUCACCGUGGCUUCAGCUUUGCAUCAUGAGUCUUGUAUUAAAAGAAAACUCAAGUGGUACAAUUGGUUUAUACUUUCUAAAUAAAUUUUUUUUAAAGAAAA